CUCCUCCUCGCCGGCUGGAGGCGGGCAGGUCCGGGCGCGGCCGCGCCGCCGAGCCCACAGCCCCGCGCUCCCGGCCGGGUCGCCGCCGCCGCCGCGCCCCGCGGGAGGAGCGGCGGAACCAGGCCCAGCGGACCGAGCGGCCCGCGCGGCGCGGGGGCAUGAAGUUGGGCGCGCGCGGGCCUCGGAGCGGGGGCGCGGCGGAGACGGGAGCCGCCCGCGUCUAGAGCCCGCUCGGUGCGCCAUGGAGCUCGGGGGCCCGGGGGCGCCGCCGCCGCCGCUGCUGCCGCCGCUGCUGCUGCUGCUGGGGGCCGGCUUCCUGCCCGCAAGCAGCCACGUGGAGACCCGGGCCCACGCAGAGGAACGGCUGCUGAAGAAGCUCUUCGCUGGCUACAACAAGUGGUCCCGGCCCGUGGCCAACAUCUCGGACGUGGUUCUCGUCCACUUCGGGCUGUCCAUCGCACAGCUCAUUGACGUGGAUGAGAAGAACCAGAUGAUGACGACUAACGUGUGGGUGAAGCAGGAAUGGCAUGACUACAAGCUGCGCUGGGACCCUGCCGACUACGAGAACGUCACCUCCAUUCGCAUUCCCUCCGAGCUCAUCUGGCGGCCGGACAUCGUCCUUUACAACAACGCGGACGGGGACUUUGCGGUCACCCACCUGACCAAGGCCCACCUCUUCCACGACGGGCGGGUCCAGUGGACGCCCCCGGCCAUCUACAAGAGCUCCUGCAGCAUCGACGUCACCUUCUUCCCCUUCGACCAGCAGAACUGCACCAUGAAGUUCGGGUCCUGGACCUACGACAAGGCCAAGAUCGACCUGGUGAACAUGCACAGCCGCGUGGACCAGCUGGACCUGUGGGAGAGCGGGGAGUGGGUCAUCGUGGACGCCGUGGGCACCUACAACACCAGGAAGUACGAGUGCUGUGCCGAGGUCUACCCGGACAUCACCUACGCCUUCGUCAUCCGGCGCCUGCCCCUCUUCUACACCAUCAACCUCAUCAUCCCCUGCCUGCUCAUCUCCUGCCUCACGGUGCUGGUCUUCUACCUGCCGUCCGAGUGCGGAGAGAAGAUCACGCUGUGCAUCUCCGUGCUGCUCUCGCUCACCGUCUUCCUGCUGCUCAUCACCGAGAUCAUCCCCUCCACCUCCCUGGUCAUCCCGCUCAUCGGCGAGUACCUGCUCUUCACCAUGAUCUUCGUCACGCUGUCCAUCGUCAUCACCGUCUUCGUGCUCAACGUGCACCACCGCUCCCCGCGCACGCACACCAUGCCCGCCUGGGUCCGCCGGGUCUUCCUGGACGUCGUGCCCCGCCUGCUCUUCAUGAAACGGCCGUCGGUGGUCAAGGACAACUGCAGGCGCCUCAUCGAGUCCAUGCACAAGAUGGCCGGCGCCCCGGGCUUCUGGCCCGAGCCCGAGGGGGAGCCCACCCUCACGAGCGCAGCUCAGAGCCAGGGCCCCUCGCCCGCCUCGCCCGCCUCGCCCUCCCCGUCCUCCCGCGGCCCCCUGGACGAGCCGGCCAAGGCCCAGGCGGCCUGCAAGCUGCCCUCGGACCAGGUCCCUGCCCCGCAGCCCUCGGAGGCGGAGAAGGGGAGCCCCUGCCCCUCGCCUGAUCCCUGCCACCCGCCCUCCGGCACCCGGGCCCCGGGGCUCGCCAAAGCCCGGUCCCUGAGUGCCCAGCACGUGUCCAGCCCCGCCGAAGCCGCGGAGGACGGCGUCCGGUGCCGGUCUCGGAGCAUCCAGUGCUGCGUUCCCCCAGACGAUGCCGCCUCCCAGGCCGGGGGCCCUGUGGCCGGCUCCCCCGCCUUUCUGAAGGCCAGCUCGGCCGAGCUCCCGCCUCCAGACCAGCCCUCUCCGUGCAAGUGCAGGUGCCAGAAGGAGCCGUCCCCAAACGCCGCGCUCAAAGCCCGCGGCACCAAAGCCGCGCCCCGGCACCUGCCCCUGUCCCCGGCGCUGACGCGGGCCGUAGAGGGCGUCCAGUACAUCGCAGACCAUCUGAAGGCAGAAGACACGGACUUCUCGGUAAAGGAGGACUGGAAGUACGUGGCCAUGGUCAUCGACCGCAUCUUCCUGUGGGUGUUCGUCCUCGUCUGCCUGCUGGGGACCGCGGGUCUCUUCCUGCCCCCCUGGCUGGCCGGCAUGAUCUAGCGGGGCGGGGGCCAGGCGCCCGCAGCCCCAGGUCUGUGCCUGGCUGUCCUAGGGGUUCCUCAACUGCGUGGGGUCACAGCAUUUGCCAGAUUGUCCCCCUGUUUUCUGCCUACUGUGAGACAGCCUUGGAAAGGGUCACUGCACCCCGGGGGAGCCGGUGCUGGCUCGGUCCUGCUGAGACCUGCCUGGGGGGGCGGCCGGGCUGGAAAGGACGGCUAGGAAAUGCCUGUUCUUGUCUGGAGGGCGGGUCACCGCCUACGUCUUAUUAAAGUUUAUCUGGAGCAUGGUGA